AUGCUUCGAGACCGUAUAGUGAAAGGGCUUAAAAGCCAUGCUGCCAGUGCUGCACCUCUGUUUCUAGUGGCUGGAAUUCUGCUUAUCGGUAGUAUUCCAAUUCUGAAACCGAAACGCAACUUCAUCGACGAAAGUGCUGUAAAUGUGGGGAAUAUUCCAGUGCUGGUGACCCCUUUUGAUGCAUCUCGCUAUGAUACCAAAGUACUGCAGGAUCACCGCAUUGUUCAUGGUCGUCGCUCUGUAGGUGCAGAGACUAUCGCCGUCUACGUCAAUACUGCAGAGAAGUCGUCCAUUGUCUUGGCGAACAAUCUUAUGGACGUUCUUAGGAGGAGGGAAAGUAUGGCAUGUGAUGUGGAUUUCUACUUUGUCAAUAGUAGUGCCCCUCAUUGGCCUAUACCCAGUGCCUUUGUCCGUUCAGCAGUAGCCAUCAACAUUUCUUCAUUAAAUACACACAAAUUGUGCUUUGGUGUGUAUGGUAAAAAUGGAAUGCAACCCAAUCAAGACCUCUUCAAUGUAGCAGCCGCUAUAGGAAUCCAACGGGGCUUUCAGAUUGAUCUGCUUUGCCAAAAUCCAUACAUUAAAUACUUUGUGGAGCGCUCAAGGUACCAACACUACCUUGCCGCAUUACAAACUGCCUUGGUUGCUCCUCAAUCUCCUUUGGCGUGGUAUAAUUUCAGGUCUCAUGGUAUCAGUUUAUUGUCUAUCAGCACAGCAGAAACAGAUGGUUCACGUGAAGCUUCCAAUGCAUAUUCUCUUGCCGCAUUACAUGAACAGAUCAUUGCAACCCUCAGCUACCUGGAUGAGCGCUUUCAUCAUUCAACAUCCGUGUGGGUUCCAUUGAGUGUGAAUGAAUACGUCGAGCAUGAUGUUGCGCAGUUUGGGAUUAUUCUGCUUGUGGCAUCGCUGCUUUCUACAGGUUAUUCCAUUUAUGAGGUGAAAGGUCUUUCUCUUUCUCCAUGUGUUGCGCUUAUCUUUGUAGCACCUGUUUUUGCUUCAAGUGCAACGGAAUGGCUUGGAAUUUCAGGGUUCCUUUUGAGUAGCAGUUUUAUGAUUAUCGCAUGGAGUGUCUGUGAAUGGGACUUGUCAUGGCUGACUGUUAACGCCGUGGUGUUGUGUCUCCUUAUUAUUCUCCAACCUGCAGCCGGCCUUCUUAUUGGUUCAGGAACUGCGAUUCAACUUGUUUUUCUUCAUGUGAAGUACCAGAGACCCCUUGUGCUGCUUCUGGGUUUCCUUUGCUCUUGGGCAGUGUUGUACUGCUUUGUGGAGGUGCUCAAUAUAAAGGUAUGUGAUACGAAAACAAUAGGAGGCAUUUAUCUCUCCUUUUUUGGGUACCCGAACGCACUCUGGGUCUCUAGUCGUUUGAUUAGAUCACUUUUGUAUUAA